AGUAAAAGCGAAUGUAUUGGUCGUUGUACAACCCUAGUGUCCGACCACUGUGCAGUACCCGACCCACUUUUGAGCUCGGACAUCGUGACAGAUUCUGGUGCACUGUUAUGUCUACACUUUGACGAACGUUGCGUUGAAUGGGGAUUGGUGUGAGGGGUGUGAGUGUGAGUCAUAGUGUGAAGGGGUCUCAACUAUAUGUCAAAGACGUGAUAAUCCUGAUAUUUUCGACAUAUUUGCCAAUUGCUCACCCCAUUUUCGCUCAAUAACGUUUUUGCGCGUGCUGUGCCAAACCCCGAGAAUUAAUUUAAUAAUCAGUAAAUAUGCCUAUGAAUCACACAAGUUCAGCUCCUUUGGAAGAUAUGCCAACGGCGCGAACUGCAAAUAAUACUGGUCAGUGCCUGAAAGUUUUUGUGCAGAGAGACUAUAAUGAGGGAACAUUAGUUAAAUUCCAAACUCGGUUUCCUGCAGAAUUAGAAGACAGAAUAGAGCGCCAGGCAUUUGAAUACACUGUUAAUCAGUUGAAUGCCAUCUAUGCAGAAGCAGAAAAGGCCAGCUGUAGUACAUACUGUAAAGGAUGUUUGGCAUGUUUGACUGCGUAUCUUAUUUAUAUCUGCACAGAAACACAUUAUGAAAAGUGUCUAAGAAAAGUAGCGAAAUUUGUGGUGGAGCAAAAUGAACGUGUAUAUGCGCCUCGAGGGCUCCUCAUCACAGAUCCCACAGAAAGAGGAUUGCGAGUCAUAGAAAUUUCAAUAUUAAAUGAACCUGCGGCAGCUAGGACGUGACUCUCUCUGUCAGAGUCAACAGAAGAAUUCUUCAUGUGACUGCCGCCUAGCUUGAGAAUGAACUGAACAUCAUCAGGGAUGCUGUGAAUGGAAUGUGUUUGGACUGGUAGAAAGCAUGAGUUUUUAUUGGGCAAACUAUUGAUGUUUGCUUGUGAUUUAUUUCAAGUACUUGUUAAGUAUGGUGAAAAUGGGUACUUUUGAUUGUGACAUUUAUUAUCAUUUAAAUUAACUUGGGAGGUGUUUUAUAAUAUAAGUUUCAUCAAUGGUGCCAAAGUUUAUUGUUUUGUGUAUAUAUAAAAUAAUAUUGAUUUGGUGUGAAUGUUUUGUGGUGGCUCUGGAAUAAUUGCAAUCAAAGUAAUCAAGCAAAUACAAUGGAUAAAGGCACAGUCUAAUUAUAACAUGCAUUUACUUAUUCUUAUGCAAGUUUUCCUAUUAAAACUCUUUAAUGGUACAAAAUAUGGAUUUCUUUGUGAUCCCUAAACAUAAGUGUGUGUAUAAACCUAGACCUCCCAUGACGAAUCAGAUAAAAAAGCUUUGUUCAAAUAGUUUUGAAGUAUUUGUAGUAAAAGAGGUGUUGUACAUGAGAAAGGUAGAUGAGCGUAGUAGAGGUCACCUGCCUCAGCAGGAGCAUUUCAGGAAUAAUGGUGUUUCAGAGCAGUCUGAUGCGUUGUUUGUAAACUUGUAAAAUAACGAGGACCAAUAGAAUAUUUUUGAAUAACAAUAAUGAGAAUCAGGGCCAUUGAGGCAAUCAAUCACUACUGUAUUUAUUAUGAUACUAACAAAUGUGCUUACUCAGUAAAAAUAUAUACAUGAUGCUUUUCUCUUUCUUUGUAAUAUAUAAUUAAGGCACCUGAAACAUUUUAUUAAUACUAUGACAGUGCUUGUGCACCUUCAAUGAAAUUCUAUUUGUUCUCUAAUCAGAAUGAAUGUGGUAUGACUUGUAUUUAUUGUGAAAUUUAGGAAAUUGGUGGAGAUGUGGCAUUGGUUCAUAGACAGUAAAAUGUUUUUACCCUUAUAUUAAGAAUUGGAAACAAAAUUCAAUAAUGAAAAUUAUUUGGAAAUUUAAAAAUUACUCUUUCAUAAGCUUCUCUUGAAAGUACAGAAAAAUGAUUUUUAAAACUGGAUCUUUUCGUUACACUUGUACUGUAAGAAUUGUAUAAAAUUUCUUUUAUAUAUAUUUUAACAGUAUUUUUCACAUCAGCCCUUCCAAACAUUGGGUCCUUCCAUUACCAUCCGAAACAUUUUGAUAAGUUGAAAAUAUUUGUUUUCUUUUGAUUGUGAAUUCAGAAUUUUAUAGGAUGUUAUGUUCGUAGAGUGACAUGCAUAUCUUUGUAUAUUACUGUUUUCUAAUUCAGAUUUGUUUAUUAAUUUUAAUUUUUCAAUUUUCCUUAUUCCUUUUUCUAUUUUUGAGUUAUUCAUUCCACUCGAAUUCUGUAGUUUUAAAGUGAAACUGUACCAUAUCAAAAUAGAAUCUGAUUUAGCAGAGCAUGUUAUUAUUUUAUAAUUCUAGACAUGUCAUUAAUGUUUUGUUUAAUUGCAUCUUUAUGUUCUCUAAGUUACAUUAUAAAUCAUUCCUCUGUCUUCAGAGAAUAUUUUUCAUUGGGCCAGAAAUUGAUAAUGAAGAUAUUUUCUUUGAUCCUUCCCAGUAUUCAGUACACUUGAAAUAACUUUUUGAAGUGAAGCAUGAGGCAAAGAGCUGUCAUAGAUCAGUUUGUUCUCGAUUAAGUAACUUGUAAAGCGUGAUUUAGUAGAUUUUUGUUUGUUAAAAUGAGACUGGAAGAUUGCCAACUGUAAACCUUGAUGUCCAUUUCCCCUUCUGUCUCUAAACACUUUUAGAUUUUAAUCCACACUUUGGUAACUAAUUGGUUGAUAGUGUGUUUGAUGUGACGCAACUUCUCAAUAAUACGUUUGAUGAAUGUAAUGGGUUCCCUAUCACCCAGGUGCCAUUACUUCAUUUUUUAGGACGUUUUGAUUGUUAUUGAAUGAUUAUCAGUGAGACCUCCACUAUUUUUCUUUCCAGCAUAUACUUUGAAAAAGGAGAAUAAGUAGUGUUGGAGGUAGAGCGAAUUUGUUAACAAAGUUUUGUGGGUAGUGGGUACUGAAAAAAAUUAUUUUUCUUGCUUUUGUAUGUAGUAAAUUGCUUUCUCAAAUACAUAGUGAACUGAG